ACCAUAUGUGAGUGUGAUAGGCUUUCGUCAUAAUCUGAAACACUUCUUUUCAGAAGACUAUCGUCUAUAUGGGUUCUCUCGUAGGUAUAUAAGCAAACACAGAAGGUAAAAAUAAUGGACAGAAUGGCAGACAGAAGAGCAGGUGAGAGGUAUUCGAGAGACGAGAGCAGGGAGUAUGCACGGCAUAGCAGGGAUCGUUCCCCAGAUCGCAGGAAAACUUCACAACGAAGAGAGGAAGACUACAGAGAUGAAAGACAUACCCCAAGCGCAAGUCCAUCUCGUAGCAGGUAUGAACACCACUUCCCUUCUCAAAAUGGCAACAAAUCUCCCAGUCCUUUACAUGGAAAAAGGGACUUUGAGCGCUACAGUCCAAACCCUCAAUCUGAUCUUAACUAUUCUCGAAACCAUAGAAGAGAAAUUCGGUAUGAAAGGGAGCGUAGCCCCAUUCCAGAGCCCACUGCUUGCAGAAACGGGCAUCGUGAUCGAAAUUACUAUCCCGUGAGAGCAAGUCGCCAUGAAAGCGAGCGCAGUGGGAGUCCAAUCCCUAGGUUUGAGGAUCACGGGGUUUCGAACCCUCGACGGAAUGGGUACUGUGAUAGGGAGGGGCGGAGUCCAAGCCCUAUUUACGAUCGCAGAGGGAGUCCCAGUUAUAAACUCUACAAACCUACUGGGAAUCGCCAGGCAUUUUUGGAGAGGGAUGUGAAGCGCCGCGAGGAUAACCAGUCAGAGAGUGACGAUGAGGAAUUAAAGGGGCUGGAUUUUGCUGAGUAUCGCAGGCUCAAACGGCAGAAAUUGAGAAGAAAGCUGAAGAAUUGUAUUUGGAAAAUUACUCCCAGUCCGUCUCGUGAGGAGAUGGAAUUUGAUACCAGCGGAGAGAGGCCGGAGAUUGAAAAAACAGGGAUUGAUGUGUACAUGAAUGCAAAAUUGAAUGUUAGAAGUGAUGACCAUGAUUCCGAGGACAAUGCACAGGGAAAGAAGAGGAAUGGAACAAAGAAGAAGGGGUCUGGCAAGUAUUCUGACAGUGGGAGUGAGGACAGUGAGCAGGGAAAGAAGAGAAAUCUAACGAAGAAAGGAUCUGGGAAGUAUUCUGACAGCGGGAGUGAGGGCAAUGGGCAGGGAAGGAAAAGGGAUGUAAGGAAGAAGGGGUCUGGGAAGUAUUUGGACAGUGGGAGUGAGGACGACGAGCAAGGAAAGAAGAUAGUUUUAAUGAAGAAGAGGUCUCAGAAGUAUUCCGACAGUGGGAGUGAUGAUUCUGAGAGUUCCAUGUCGGAGAAGGCAUUGGAUGAUGAUGUGUCAAGUGAUUCGGAUGAUAGGCAGGAGCGUAAAAAAAAGGGUAGUUCUGGGAGGAAGAAGAGAUCCAGGGAUUCUUACAAGAGCAGGAAAAUGAAGGCCAUUAGUGAGAGUGAGAGUGAAAGUAGUGAAGAGGUUAGUGCGUCUGAAGGCUCAUCAUCAUAUAGUAGUGAAGAGGAAAGGCCGAGGAAGAAGAGCAAACGGGGCAGCAAGUACAGGGAGCCUAAGAAGAGGUCAAAAAGAAAGGUGCGUAGGUCCAAAAGGUCUAAAGCAAGGAGUAGCAAAGAUUCAGAGAGUGCAACGGAAUCAGAAAAUGGCACCGAUUCUUCAGAUAAGGAAGGGAGUGAUAGCAAGAUCACCAAAUUGGCAAGGGUUUCAGAGCAAAUUGAUCGCAGGAAACAGAAGCAGCAGUCACCUUCUGAGAAUAAUGCCUUGUCUGAACCCAGUAAUUCUGAUUCUGAACCUGUCGGAAUUGAGGAGGAUAAAGAGGCUAAGAGCCAUCCUGUUGAAAUUGAUGAUGAGGCUCUAAUGUUUAAAGAAAUGAUUGAAUCUCAGAAGAAAUCAGCAGCUGCUGGGCUUGAAAAUGAGCCAUUUGUGGGUCCAGCCCCGGCUCCUAGAGCUGAAGGGCAUAUCAGCUAUGGAGGUGCUCUUCGGCCAGGAGAAGGAGAUGCAAUUGCACAGUAUGUACAACAAGGGAAGCGUAUUCCUCGAAGAGGAGAAGUGGGGCUGUCAGCUGAGGAGAUUCAGAAAUUUGAGUCACUGGGUUAUGUGAUGAGUGGAAGCAGGCACCAACGUAUGAAUGCUAUUCGUAUCAGAAAGGAAAACCAAGUGUACAGUGCCGAGGACAAGCGAGCAUUGGCAAUGUUCAAUUACGAGGAGAAGGCAAAGCGUGAGCAUAAGGUUAUGUCAGAUCUGCAACGCUUGGUGCAGAGGCAUAUUGGACAAGAUGUUGGCCCAACACAUGAUCCCUUUGGUGCUAAGGCUUCAGAGGUGGCAGAUGGUUAGGUUUUUGUGGAUGAUGCGUUAAACUUUAUGAACUUUUGUACAAUUUCUGGAUGUUUUCAUAAUUUGCACUUGUGUUCAACUGUAUCAUCAACACUUUCUACUCUUUCUAGCCCAUUAUAAUUAUGCAGAGGUUUUGCAUUCUUUUGAUAUGUAUUUAUUUUCUUAAUGCAUUUCAGGGCUAAAUAUUUUGCAAGAUAUGACAAAUGUAAUACAGAAAUAGAAAUUCCUUUUUAUCCUA